GCGACUUCAGCUUCAUUUCCCGAAAAUGCAAACCACAUUUUCAACGCCGUCCACUCGUCCAUGCGCCAGUGGGGUUCCUCGCUGAACCACAACGGCAUGUCUUUCUUCCUGGCCACCGUGCCUGAAGGGACCCAGCUGUAUCAUGGCUCUGGCUCCUCGGAUCCUGUGAAAAGCCCCGAAUGGGUGGCAUUUGAGCCCGAGCAUGCUUUGAACUUUGCGCAUCGACGAAGACCGCCUCCGGGGAGCCAUGAUCCACCACCACCACCACCCCCUGACGGACAUGGCCCUCCGCCGCCGGGAUUCCACCCGGACUUUCAGCAUGUGAUGCAGGACCCUGUGGAUGGGAACAAGGCUGGGUUCCUGCAUACAUUUGCGGCGAAGAAGGACUUGCGGCUCCUGUACGUGGAUGGCAUGUCGGCGGGCAAAACGAACAACGGCACCCUGGAUGCGGAGGAUCGAAUUCUAUUCCACGAUCAGCGCAGCGAUGGCAAUGGCAUGGCGGGGGAAGAGGAGCGCGCCACGGAAUUUUGUCGCAUGGCUCGCGACCGCUGGGGCGGCCGGCUGGAUGGGCUGAUUCGCAUGGAAGCCGGGUUCGAGAUUAUCCUGUGUGAUUUGGCCACGGAUAUGGAUGCGCUGCGGGUGACUCGAGUCCAAUCAAGUCCCAAUGGAGGACCCCCGGGAUCUCCGGGAAAUGGGAAGGAAAGGAACCCCACAGGGAAUUCAUGGGUACCUGCGGUGGCCUCUCGCUACUGGGGCAUUGGGGGAAACCGGGUGAUACUGAAUUACGAUCAUUUUGUAACUGCGUACGUCUACGGGCUAGAUUUGUUCGGCGCUGCGGGAGAGACCGAGAGGAGUAAUUCGUCGCAUGUCUUGCCUCGACUAGCGCAUCUCUCGGCCCACAAGCUAGAACCUAUGCGGCAGGACCUCGAUGCCCUGAUUUGGAAUCACGACGCCACGGAGCGCUCGGUUGACUGGCAAGCUGUGGCGGAUAUGGUGGUGGAGCGCUAUGCGAAGAGGCUGCGGUACCUCGCAUCUGGCCAGGUCCCCACCAUCGAGGAGCUGCAGGAGGAAAUUGAGGGCCUAGUAACGCCCUUUAUUGACUACGAUGCGCGGAACUCCUCAUUGGAGGUGGAGCGCUGCUCUAUGCAGUUCAUCCGACGCUCAGCACCGACCACGACCGUGGCCGGAGACGCGGUUCUCUCUGUGUCGCGUAGCAUCUGCGCAACCCUGCUGGAAACACUACGCCAAACGGAGCAUUCCACUGCUGUGGGACAAAUUCAGGAUUUGGUCAACUAUCUGUCAUGGAGCAACUGGAAGAAGUGUACCGGGUGCGGUGAUCAUGAGCUGUGCGUAAUCCCAAUGUGGCCGAUGGGGACUGUGGAGGACUAUGAGCAUCCGCAGUGCCGCGACCUGUCCCAACUCGAGGGCGAUGGGCCUCGAUAUUGGGGGGGAUUCCCUGGC